AUGGCUCCCUCCCAUGAGAGUCGUCCGCCCGAGCACAGCACCGGUGGCCGCCACGGCGAAAGCCCAGCCAGGCCGCGACAACCGUCCCGUCAGCCGUCCCGAGCACGAGAGGGCGGCAGCACCACCUACGGCUCCUCCAGGGGCGACACAGUGUUUACCGAUGGCGAUGCCAGCGCCGCCGCACCGAGCACAUCUGCUGAUGGACACGAGAGGAGGCCGUGGCUGAAGCGCGUGGCCGCGAGGCUGGAUCUGGACAUGCUAACCCUCAAGAUGAUGCUCAAAGGUUCCCUCCCGCCCAUCAUAGUCAUCUCGAUGCUGCAAUCGCGUGCCGCCACCGCCUACUUCUCAAGCACCGGCUAUGAGGUCUCCAUAAUCAGCGUCCUAGCUGUCGCCAUCCUGCCCCGCGGGAAAUACCUACAGACCUUGGUGCUCAACCUGACGGCUAUAGCCACCGGCGCCGCGCUGGCCAUGCUGGUGCUGUGGUGCGGCGUCCAGGCCCGUCUGCACACGUCGUCCCUGCCUCCCCAGCCGACGACAACGACGACCAGCGACACCACGACCGGUCCUCCGCGGCGGUUGCCCUACAACGGCUCGCAGUCGACGGUGUGCGCUCUCUGGCUCUUUCUGAGCAUCUGGCUCGUCAACCUCGUGCGCGCCAAGGCGCCAUCCUUCAACAUACCCACCAUCCUCUUUUCCAUUUUGGUUGAUAUUGCCUGCAUGAAUGGCCCCAAUCUCGGGUCCACCGCUGCCGCCUGGGCACUCGUCCGCCGCCUGUUAACCAGUAUGCUCGUUGCCCUGGCCACCUCCACCUUUGUCUCGCUCUUCAUCUUCCCUGUUUCGAGCCGCGGCGUUGUCGUCCGCCAACUCGGAGUUGGAGUGGGUCUGUUGCGCAAGGCAGUCCGUCUGCAGGGCGAGUACCUGCACGGGCUAGAGAACGUGGACAUGUUUGCGCUGCGUACCGUCGAGACAAGCGUCGGGGGUGGGGUUGUACGUGCAGGCGGCGGGGUCUGCGAUGCGACACAGUCAGAAACAGAUGACGACGGAGGAGAUGGAACCGAACAAAGACGACGGAUGGGCCUGCGGCGGAGGAAAAGGAAGCCGAGGCGGAAGCUGAGAAAGGAACAGAAGAAAAUGGAGGGUCCGGAGUCUGAUAACAUGGGAAUGGAAAGGGAACAUGAGGUUGCGCUUGACCUUAAGAGGACGGUGCUGCAGCUCAGGAGCCUUUCCGGAAAGCUCCAAAGCGAUAUUGGCUUCGCCAAGAACGAGGUGGGCUGGGGGAAGCUUAGCCCGCGUGACCUCGGUGAAGUCUUCAAAUAUUUCAGGGCCAUCUUUAUUCCAGUUAUGGGCAUGGCUACCAUCAUGGACGUAUUCCGUCGCACGGCCGAGCGGCGCGGCUGGAUCACAGAUGAGGACGAAGAGACCCCCUUGGAGGUCAUAGAGGAAAAGUGGGAGGAGCGAAGACUCUGGAAUGGCCUCAUGAGGGAGCUUCACGAGCCGUUCGCCAUCCUGUCCGAGGCUAUCGACCAAGGCCUGGAGCAUGCAGCGCUGCAGCUCGAGAUCGUACGGCGACCUAGGGGGAGUAGGAAGCGGAAUACCGCCGCUGCCGCCGCCGCCGCCGCAAAGACGGCCCCUUCGGCGAGCGCCGACGUUGAGGCGUGCGCAGAAAAGACUGCGCCAGGAGAAUCCGAGUUCAGCAGGAAUAUCGAGGAGAAGUUGCAAAGAUUCUACAAAUGCAAAGGGGACACGAUACGAUACUGGGCGAAAGAGCGGGGUCUGUCUGCCGACUCCAACGGCAGCCGGGCUGGCACUGCAAACAUGGACUUCCGGUGGCGGAGCCAGGGCCAGCUCUAUGUCCUGCUGUACCUCGAGCAGUUGAUGCAGGCCACGGGCGAGGCAGUCCACGAUCUUGUCCAGUUCGCCGACGCCAAGGUGGCAGACGGCACCAUGUCCUCAAAACGACUCCUGGUGCCUGGGCUGCACCAGAUGCGCAAGUGGGCCUCAAGCGUGCUGGGCCGGAGAGGCGCGUCGCAAGACCCAACGGCCCAGGAGUCAUCCGACGUGAUGGAUCAGGGCGGCAUCAUUGUGCACCUGGGGCCCGGCUUCGCGCAAAGGCGGGAUCUCGAGCACUUGCCGCCCGAGUCGGCUUGGGAGCGACUCGGGGACGGCGUGAGGGCGCUCUCGGCGCUGCUCUCUUCCGAAGCGAGCGCCUACGGGAUCCGGGUCGCGUGUGCCACCAUGACGGUCGCCAUUGUGGGCUUCGUAGAGACCACCCAGGUCUUUUUCCAGGAGCACCGCCUCGUCUGGGCCAUGAUUGUCAUCGCCAUGGGCAUGACGCAGACGUCGGGCCAGUCCAUCUUUGGCUUCCUGUGCCGUGUUGGAGGCACCGUCGUUGCAAUGCUGUCAUCCUUUGUCAUCUGGUACAUGGUUGGCGAGCAGCCUGCGGGGGUUAUUGUCAUGAUGUGGUUCUUCACCUUUGUGGACUACUACUUCUUCCUCAAGUACCCUCGCUUUGUCCCGGCCACGAUGCUUAUUAUCUUCACGCAGGUUCUGAUCAUCGGUUACGAGCUUCAGGUUGGAGUUAUUGGAAUCCGCGCUAGCGAGGCUCUCGGAACCAUCUACUACCCAACCUACCUUCUAGCCCCAUACAGGGUCGCCGUCGUGGCCGGCGGCUGCCUGGUUGCCUUCUUCUGGACCGUGUUCCCAAGCCCAUUGACGGACCGGACGUGGCUACGGCGCGAUCUCAGUGCAACGCUGUACCUCCUGGCCAACUACUUUAGCGCCAUUUCGCAGACCAUCCGCGUCCAGCUCGACGAAGAGGAGGCGCAAAAGCAGUGGAAGCAGCCGCAGCAGCAGCUGGAGGAGGAGACUGAGCAGCCCCCUCCACAGCUAGAGGUGGCAUCUCCAGCUCACCAUCUGGCAAAAGUUCGCCACAAGAUUUUUGGCAAGCUCAUGCUGCUGUUGCCUUCGCUUGAGUCGCACUCGAGCUGGCAGAGCUGGGAGCCCACCAUUGGCGGGAGAUUUCCUCGCGAGGUUUACGACGACAUCCUUCUGCGCUCCAACCGUAUCCUCAACUAUCUGACUUUAAUGUCAUACACGGCCACGCGCUCCCCGCACUCGGGUCCAUCCGCAUCAUCUCAGUCCUCGCUUGCCGACGAACGCUGGGUUCGUACGCUGCGAGCUGUGCUAAAUGAAGUGCAGCCGGCGCACCACCAGAUUGUGUCGACGCUGGCCUUGCUUUCCAAUGCACUUCUCUCGGGCCAGUCGCUCCCACCCUUCAUCCAAAUGCCCUCUCUCUAUGGCGUCCGCAACCCCAGGCUUCCUGGCGACAGGCUAGCGGGCGGCGGCGGGUGCUUGCACCACACACACCCUGGCCGCCCCUGUCCCUGGGCCUCGCCGUUCUCGUCUUCGUCUAGCGCCGCAGUGGCAGGGACCAAUGACGAUGGCGAUGACGACGACGUCGGGGGCAACCUCGCUGACAUGCUGGACCCACGCAACGUGGAGCAGCGAGGAUACACCGAGUUCGCCGUCAUGCAGGUCUGCAGCACGCUUGUCCGCGAUGACCUGCAGGCGCUGGUACGCGCCGUCGAGCGCCUCGUCGGCGUCGUCGACUUUAGCUACCGGGUCGACACGGUCGCCGAGGAUCCAUUGAGGAGUACCGAGGCUGUGGACAAGCGUGGUGGCGGCAAGGGAAAGUCGACACAGGAGCAGCAACACCGACAGCAACAGCAAGAAAGCGGCAAACGGGGGAUUAGGCGGAGGAGGAGGAGGGGCACUAUGGUCUCAACGGCUGUCGACGACAGCGGCUCCUCGUCUUCGUCGGAUAUGGACAGCAUUCAGCAGCGGUGGCCCUCGCGCACCCCGGCUGGUGCAGGCUAG